GGCAUAGUUGCAGUGGAGCCAUUGGAAGGAAAUUGUCUGGACCUUUUUUCUUUUUCAUUACUGGUGACUUUCAGACUUUCCCUUUUCCCUUUUCCCUCUCCUCUUCCAUUCCUUCCUUCUCCUCCACUUUUCUUAAUCUUGUACCCUCGUUUAUCAGAUUCCCCUCCUCCCGCAUGAUCACUUACUCUUCUAGGAGAUAAUGGUGGGCCGCCUGUUCCUGUGAGGUCUACGUCUACGCCGACGGUCUCCACUACAUACUUCUUCAGCUCGUCGCCAUGACACGUCGAACGUUGGCCUGGAUUGCCAAUGUUCGCGCGACACCACGACUCUUUCACCUCUUCCUAAUCACCCUCGCUCUAUCGCUUUCCGUUCGUGCCGACGACACCAAUCUCAUACCUUCCGCGGCAUCCGAUAGCUUCCCUUCGUGCGCCUUAAGUUGCCCCGUCCUCCAACAAGCCCAGAGUGCUUGUAUACCCCCAAACGCCCCGGGCAACGGCCGUUCGACCUAUGUCUCUUGCUUUUGCCAGUCAUCGUUGAUCAGCCAACUCCAUGUCUCCGCGGACGGGACUUGCGCCGACACCUGUACCAACCCAGCGGACCGCUCGACACUGAAGACAUGGUAUAGCGACUUUUGCUCGUCCGGAGGAAGCAAGGAUACUGCGACACAAACCACGUCCGCGGCUUCUACAUCUACAUCUACAUCUACAUCUGCUCCGAAAUCUCAGAAUAACUACCCGGCUCCCAAAUCCUGGUGGUCAACACAUUAUCAAUGGGUUAUCAUGGUAAUUGUGCUCAUCGUCGGGUUCGGUGCCAUCGCGGUUGGGGGGGUGUGGCUUAAGCGCCGCCACGAUGCGAAAUAUCCCAAUCUCUACCACGCGGGAAGUGGCAGCAACAGCGGGCUCCUAUUUAACCGCGGACAGAAUGCCAGCCCCGGUCCGAAACAGCCGGGCCAAUUCAUGCCGGCUCCAAGCCCAAGUCCGGUGAACCAUUCCGAGUAUGCUAACACAGAUUCAGUUGCCAGUAGCUCUCGCACUGAUGUUGGAGUCCCGCGAACCCGCACGCCGUCACGUCUCCCGAAAACCCCGCAGCCAGCGGACGAAGGCGAUAUUGAAGUCCGCGAGGUGCCAAGGUGACGGUAGAGUUUGCUUUGGCUUACCAUAUCUACUCUUAUUAAGCAGGGGUGUGCUUUCGAACACAGCAUCAGUGGAAUCUCCCGUCUCGGGCAGUUGCAAGGCAGACUCCCGCGGCAUAAUGUCAUGCC